AUGGCCCGCUUCAAUCCUUUCGCACGUCACCGGCAAGACACCACGACCCUUCCGGCACAUCGCAAGAGCAGCGAAGACACAAAGGUCAACGACCGCUGGCAUGGCCACGAAUACAGCAUGGCCCACCGGCCACCCUUCAUGCUAUGGCUGAAGGUGACGUGGCUGGACAUCCUCACCAUGAUCAUCAUGGGAGUCAUUGCCCUGGUGGUCUUCAGAGCACACCCGCCAGCUCAUCGAACAUUCCCCGUCACCUUUGACAACGGCGAGAUCGUCUACCCCCAAUUCGCCUACCCGCAUAUCCCUCAGUACAUCCCCAGCCACGCCGCCACGGCCCUCGGCAUCGGCGUGCCCAUCCUCUCAAUCCUUCUGUGCCAGAUCCGGGUGCGCUCCUUCUGGGACAUCAACAACGGCAUCAUGGGCCUCUUAUACUCUGUCAUCGGUUCCACCGUCUUCCAAGUCAUGAUCAAGUGGCUCAUCGGCGGUCUGCGGCCCAAUUUCCUGGAAGUCUGCCAACCCGACAUCACAAAGGCCUCCCAGCCUGGCGGUAACGCGACCGGCCUCGACGGCACGGGCUAUGGAGGCAUCAUGUGGACGUCGGAUGUCUGCACCAGGGAAAUGGACGGCACGCUUUCCAACGCCAUGGAAUCGUUUCCCUCAGGCCACACGACCGCCAUGUUCUCCGGCAUGGUCUUCCUGUACCUCUACCUCAACGCCAAGCUAAAAGUCUUUUCAAACUACCACCCACCCAUGUGGAAGCUCAUUCUGACCUACGCCCCGAUCCUUCUGGCCACCCUGGUUGGCGGCUCGUUGACGGUCGACCAAUCCCACAACUGGUACGAUGUUUUGGCGGGCGCCCUCAUUGGGACCGUCUUUGCCUUUUCUUCAUACAGGAUGGUCUACGCCUCCGUCUGGGAUUGGCGUUUCAACCAUAUUCCCCUCCACCGCAAGCUGCCUCUCGAUUACGACCUUGAGAUCAUAGGCAGCGGUGCUGUAGCCACCCGUAAAGCCGCGUGGGGUAAGAUGGGUGGGAAAAAGGUCUCUGGUCCCGAAAAUAUGGUUGGCAGGACUAGAUACAAUACGAGGAGUAGAGAUGGUCGAGGUUUGGGUGUUCCCCGUAAGGCAAUGACAUCUCACCACUCUAGAGGCGGCCGGCGUCCGUCUGCCGAAGACAUGGUGUAA